CGGAACUCGGCGAAAGGGAAAGUACCCAAGUCGGCGCUCGCUGAGUUCCAGAAGCGAGAGCGUCGAGGCUACCUUGGAGAGAACCUGCAGUUCAUGACCGGUGCGAGAAGCACCGUGCCUGAGUCCGUCACCCAGCAGAUUCUGCGCCAGAAUCGGGGCCGCAAGGCCUGUGACCGGCCUGUGGCCAAGAAGAAGAAGAAGAAGAAGGCUGAAGGCACUGUGCAUAAAUAUGGAUAUCAGAGAUGGAAGGUUCUUUUCCUCUGA